AUGGCGGGCAAUUCUCCCAACUCAGUGCCACCAUUCAUCUUUCAGGUUGACGAGAUCUUCGAGAAUCUGGGGGAUGCUCCUGACCAGCUGGAUCGUCAUGGCAUAUGGCAACCUACUACAGCCCCUAAUGCGAGUCAUGACUAUACUCCCGGGGUGGGUGCCUCGGGCAAGACCUGGCUCUGCGAUGGCUUGCAGAUACGCGAAGUCAUGUUCCCAACGACUGCCCAAUGGUACAAGACGUACUCGGUUUAUUACGCAUCUGGAGCCGGAUUUUGGGUCCUGAAAGGAGAUGCACGCAAUCCACCAGGUGACGAUGUUUUCCACAAAUUGCAGUUCAACUAUUACCAGCACCCUCCCGAAUCGUCUUAUCUGACUUCUUCCGGUCAAUACAACAUGCUCCGUGUGCAACCCCAGGAUCCAUGGGCGAAUCUGCUCCUGCCUGACAUAUACCACACUAGUGCUGCUCCCUCAAGCCCACAGUACGGUGGACUUGUAGGCGAGUUACCAAUUUUUCUAGCUCUGAUGGCCUUUACGACCUCUCGAGAAUACCUCCCCUCUGUUCUGCCCCAUCUGUUCACUAGAGGGAACUGGGUACCCUCGCACACCUGGCAGUUCAAGAGAACUGAAAAGCGUGGUGUAGUCGUCAAAGUGUACAACUGUCCAGCAGGUUCUUAUCCGCAGAGACCCACAGGCUCCACGUUCACUGAUUUAUACAACUAUGAGAUCGGUCAAACUGUCAAGUACUUCCACUGA